GAGCCAGGCCGCCGCCCGCCCUCCGGCCGCCCCCGCCCGCGUCCCCCGCCCCUCCUCCAGCCCUCCCCGCUCCGGCUCCUACAGGAAACCUUCGAUCACGCUCAGAAAGAAUGUGCUACAACCUCGGCGCUGCCGCGGCCGCCGACACCGCGCCCGAGCCGGAGCCGGAGCCGGAGCCGGAGCCCGAGCCCGAGCCCGAGCCGCCCCGCCUGCCCGGCCGGCCCCGGGCUCGCAGCGCGCGGUCCCCGCCGCCGCCCCGCGCUCGCCCCGCGCUUGACGCAGUGAGCGCCGCAGCCCGGCUCCCGCCGGCUCCGCUCCGCUCCCGGUCGCAGGCCGAGCCCAGCCCGGCGGGCUCCGGGAGGGGCGGGCAGGGCGCGAGGGGGAGGAGAUCUGUCUGGAGCCAGCGAGCCCGGCGGAGGAAGAGGAGGAGGAAGGAGGGGAAGCCGCCGCCGCCGCCGCCGCCGCCGCCGCCGCGCUCCGGGAAUCUGGGCGCGCGCGCUCCGCUCGCCCGCGACGGUGGCGCCAGCCCCCGGCCCGCACACGGGCCCAGUGGCAGCUGCCCUGGUGACUGGCCUACACUUCGUCUGGACCCAUAUCGUCCCCCCGGCUGUGGAGUGAGGAGGAGGUCCGCAUGAGCCCCGCGGGAAGGACCCCACCAGCCUGCACUGGGACGCGCCAGGUCACGGGCGGGCCCUGACCCGAAGGACCGCGGAGCUGGAGGCGGAGGGUGGAGCCGUCGGGACGCCCAGGCCGAUGGGGGAGGCGGCCACGGCCUCGGCCGGACGCGGGCGGAUGACCCGGGGCGUCCGGCAGUGAGGGAGCACGCCCGCUGCGCCACCAUGCCGUCUGGGACAGGACGCCCCUGAGAACGCAGGCAGCCUCCCCCCGCCCCCCCAGGGGCCGGCACCCAGCCUCCCACCCGGUCCCCCCCCCCCCCCCGGCCGGCAGAGCGGGGGCUCCCGCGGCGGCGGUCCCCAUGGCCGGGUGCCGGUGGGGCGCGCUGUGGGCGUGCGUGGCGGCCGCCACCCUGCUGCACGCGGGCGGGCUGGCCCACGGCGACUGCUGGCUGAUCGAGGGCGACAAGGGCUUCGUGUGGCUGGCCAUCUGCAGCCAGAACCAGCCGCCGUACGAGGCCAUCCCGCAGCAGAUCAACGCCACCAUCGUGGACCUGCGGCUGAAUGAGAACCGCAUCCGCAGCGUGCAGUACGCCUCGCUGAGCCGCUUCGGCAACCUCACGUACCUCAACCUCACCAAGAACGAGAUCGCCUACAUCGAGGACGGCGCCUUCUCGGGCCAGUUCAACCUGCAGGUGCUGCAGCUGGGCUACAACCGCCUGCGCAACCUGACGGAGGGCGUGCUGCGCGGCCUGGGCAAGCUCGAGUACCUGUACCUGCAGGCCAACCUCAUCGAGGUGGUCACGCCCAGCGCCUUCUGGGAGUGCCCCAACAUCGUCAACAUCGACCUGUCCAUGAACCGCAUCCAGCGGCUCCACGGCGCCACCUUCGCGGGCCUGGCCAAGCUGUCCGUGUGCGAGCUGUACAGCAACCCCUUCUACUGCUCGUGCGAGCUCCUGGGCUUCCUGCGCUGGCUGGCGGCCUUCACCAACGCCACGCACGCCUACGACCGCAUGCAGUGCGAGUCGCCACCGCUCUACUCCGGCUACUUCCUCCUGGGCCAGGGCCGCCACGGCCACCGCAGCAUCCUCGGCAAGCUGCAGUCCGUGUGCACCGACGGCUCCUACGUGGCCGAGCCCCACCCGCCGCCGGGCCGGCCGCCGCCCGGCCGCUCCCCGCCCCCGCCGCCGCCGCCCCCGGAGCCCAGCGAGGCCCCGUGCGCCGACGACGAGUGCUUCUCCGGCGACGGCACCACGCCGCUGGUGGCCCUGCCCACGCUGGCCCCCCAGGCCGAGGGCCGGCCCCUCAUGAAGGUCAAGCAGCUGACGCAGAACUCGGCCACCAUCACGGUGCAGCUGCCCAGCCCGUUCACCCGCAUGUACACGCUGGAGCACUUCAACAACAGCCGCUCGUCCACCGUGUCCAGGCUGACCAAGCCCCGGGAGGAGAUCCGCCUCACCAACCUGUACACGCUCACCAACUACACCUACUGCGUGGUGUCCACCAGCUCCGGGCUGCACCACAACCACACCUGCCUCACCAUCUGCCUGCCCAGGCCGCCCAGCCCGCCGGGCCCCGUGCCCAGCCCGUCCACGGCCACGCACUACAUCAUGACCAUCCUGGGCUGCCUGUUCGGCAUGGUGCUGGUGCUCGGCGCCGUCUACUACUGCCUGCGCAGGCGGAGGCAGCAGGAGGAGAAGCACAAGAAGGCGGCCGCGGCCGGCGGCCUCAAGAAGACCAUCAUCGAGCUCAAGUACGGGCCCGAGAUGGAGGCGCCCGGCCUGGCCCCGCUGUCCCAGGGCCCGCUGCUGGGCCCCGAGGCCGUGACCCGCAUCCCGUACCUGCCGGCGGCCGCCAGCGAGGUGGAGCAGUACGAGCUGGCGGAGGGCGGCGGCACGCCCAAGGCCGGCAAGGGCAACUACAUGGAGGUGCGCGCGGGCGAGCAGGCCGAGCGCAGGGACGGCGAGCUGGGCCGGCCCGGCCCCGACAGCCAGAGCUCCGUGGCCGAGAUCUCCACCAUCGCCAAGGAGGUGGACAAGGUCAACCAGAUCAUCAACAACUGCAUCGACGCGCUCAAGUCCGAGGCCACCUCCUUCCAGGGCGGCAAGUCCGGGGCCGCGUCCGCCGCCGAGCCGCAGCUGAUGCUGCUGUCCGAGCCCCUGGCCGCCAAGCACGGCUUCCUGUCCCCCGUCUACAAGGACGCCUUCGGCCACGGCCUGCAGCGGCACCACAGCGUGGAGGCGGCCACCGGGCCCCCGCGCGCCGGCCCCGCGUCCGGCGGCUCCGCGCGCAGCCCGCGGGCCUUCCGCGCCGAGGCCCCCGGCGGGCACAAGGCCGCGGCCGCCGAGGCCAAGUACAUCGAGAAGAGCUCCCCCGCGCCCGACACCAUCCUCACUGUGACGCCCGCGGCCGCCGUGCUGCGGGCCGAGGCCGAGAAGGGCCGCCACUACGGCGAGCACCGGCACUCGUACCCCGGCUCCCACCCCGCCGAGCCGCCCGCGCCCCCCGCGCCCCCGCCACACGAGAGCCUGGGCGGCCGCAAGGCGUCCAUCCUGGAGCCGCUGACCCGGCCGCGGCCCCGCGACCUGGCCUACUCGCAGCUGUCCCCGCAGUACCACAACCUGAGCUACUCCUCCAGCCCUGAGUACGCCUGCAGGGCCUCCCAGAGCAUCUGGGAGCGCUUCAGACUCAGCCGCCGGCGCCACAAGGACCACGAGGAGUUCGUGGCGGCCGGCCAUGCCCUGCGCAAGAAGGUUCAGUUCGCCAAAGACGAGGAUCUACACGACAUCCUGAACUACUGGAAGGGCGUGUCGGCCCAGCACAAGUCCUGAGCCCGCGGCCGCGCCCGCCCCGCCCCCACCCCGAAACGCGCGACGCCCAGGGGACCAAGAAGGACACAGGACCCACCGCAGCCAUUUGUAACCCAGAGACUGCCACGAAACGCCACACCCACGCGCGCACGCAGACACGCACACACACACACACACGCACACGAGGGACUUCCGAAAACUGGGCGUGGGGGUGGGGGAGGGGAAUCUUUUUUCAUUAUCUUUCCUCUUGGAUUCUUCUCUGCCGCCUUUAUCUUCUUCUCUAUUUUCUUCCUUUUUUAAGAAAAAAUAAUAAAAGUAAAGUUCUCUUAAAAAGACAUAAAACACCAGACGUGGGGGUGUGGCCGGCGUGGCCACCCGGCUCCCCCCCCCCCCCCCCGCCCCCACGAUUGCCUCUGUGGUUUGCUGUGCAUUCUCUCCGUCUGUCUCUUGGCUGCUGACUCCGGAGGCCACCAGAGAGAGGCAGAGCCAACGCAGGCGGCCGGGUGGCCUCCAGGACCCCCGCCCGGAGCCUUGCAGGGGAGGCUGUGGGGAGGGCCUUGCCCCGGGGACGGCUGUCGGGGGUGGCUGGAAGGGGCGUGGUCCAUGAGCAUGUGCUCCGGCCCGUCCCCCCUGUAUGCUGUCAUCCCGUUGUUCAGAAAAAUAUUUCUAUAUUUGCAAUGUUUGCUGUAAAUCGAGAAAGAGACUAUAUCUACUAAAAAAAAAAAUUCUACAAAGGGAAAACCCAAAUACUUGUACUGGGUUUUUACUAUGGGACUUAGGGAGGGAUCUGGGGUUUUUUUUAAUGUGCUAUUUAGGGUGGU